AUGCUGCGUUCAAAGCCAACCCGCACGCUGAAAAGAGGCCCCCGUGUUCGCAAGCAGCCUCCAGUGAUGGUGGAUCCCGAAGUUGAAAAUGUUCCGGAGAGCGAGAGUUGUCCCGGAGGCGGCCUCAUAAUUCGCUACAAAGACACUGAAGGACACCUAUACGAUGAAAUCUUCAGCCCCAACGACCCCAUAGCCUUGAGCAAAAAAUGGCUCCCCGUGGCGAUGAAGGAUUUGGACUACCCAGUAGUAUCCACUCCUCCCAAGCUCCGCGACCAACAUUUAUACCGCACCUUCCGAUUCAGCUCAUCUCUGUGGAUUAGGGUUUGGGAUCCCAAUAUUCCCAUUCCUGCGGGUGGAAUUCUUGAAUUAUUUGGCGCAGAUAUCGUCGAUAUCUACGGUCGCCCUCAGGCAGUGAAUACCCGCGUCAAGGUUAUUGUUGGUGUAAGGCUAUCUCUGUCGCUGGAGCGGCCGGGUGACAUCGUUGCGGCUUACAAUGAUAUCGGGGUACGAAUAGAUCGUUUCGACCUCCUCCCGUCGCGGUAUCCUUUAGCAGCGGAUUCAGAAUACAUAUUCAAGGAUGGACGACACGAAGUUACCUACACCUUUCACCACAACCUGCUCAACGAACCAGCGCCAGAGCGGCUCCCGCGCUGGACGCGACCAAACCUCGUCUUGAGUCGAUCCCGAUCAGUUGAUUCAGGGGUUCCCCUUUGA